AUGUCAUCCCGGCAAUCCAACAUCGACAAAUUCUUGCUCUAUGCAACAAUAAGCUCUGUUGGUAUCCCUUCUGGCCCAUGCACCUUAGAUACUACACAAGCUCUCCUUAGGCAAGAGCUGAAAAACCACCUGAUUCAUGAAGGUAUUGGAAGGGGUGCCAGAAUACUGUUGGAGAACUCCAUUUUUCAUCAUCUUGUGAUGAAAACUACUCUCCAAUUAAGCAACAUCAAGACAAUUCAGUACAACAGAACAGGACCAUCUGCAUACUCUGGAGACAAAUGGAAAUUCCACCGCAGGAGAAAAGGAAUCAAAUGUACUUGUGGCGCAAAACAAGACGAUGGUACAGAGGACAGUGGCACAGAGCACGAGGAUGCAGAGGAUGAUGUUACAGAGGAUGAUGAUACAGAUAUUGAUGAUGCAGAGAUCAAGGGUGCAGCGCUUGGCAUAGAGCCCUCUUUUGACUCGGUGAUCCAUGGCCAAUCUGAAACAGAAACAUGGAGUUCCCAAGAGUACCAGCCUUCUAGAUCGAAGAAAAGGCACAGACAGGUGCCCGUGACGACCGAAAAAGAGUUUCAGCGUCUCUUCUACACCAUCCAGUACCACCUGCAUCACAAACUGAAACCCCACCUCCCUUUCAACAUCUUGGCUGGAUCCCGGUACUGGUCCGCAGAGUUCUCCACCUCUCCUAUACCAGACAAAUACAACUGCCAGAAGCCCGACAUAGCCCUGUUUGACUUCGCCAUCAAAAACAUGGGAAAGACAUGGGCAGACAUCCUGUCCCUUGUUGAGCAUACCUCCAGCGAUCUCACUAAAAAGCGAGAUAUACCAGUGUUCUGGAGAUCUACAACCAAAGCCUACCUAAUGCUGAGAGAACAUUGUCGUUGGGUUUUUGAUUUGUGCCAAUCAGCUUCGCGCACAUUACUUUGA